AUGGUCACUAUCAACGAUUUGUCUUUUAAUCCAGACUACUCUUCUAUUUCUGUUUCGACUUCUGAUGGGUUCAAGAUUUUCAACUGUGAACCUUUUGGUGAGUUCUACUCGUCACAGGAGAGCCCUCUCCGCAAAUCGAUAUCCAACUCCUUAGAAGAUUCUGCGGGUUGCCAAAAUCCAACACAUUCAAAAACCGAUAGUCAAGAUACACCAGCCAGGUUCCCGACUGCAUUUUUGAAGAUGUUAUUUUCAACAUCCUUAACGAUAGUUGUUCCACAAACCCAAGAUAAUCUCGGCAAUCGAUUGUUAAAGAUUUAUAACCUUAAACAAAACUUGAAGAUUUGUGAAUUGAACUUUCCAUCUAGCAUUAUUGAUAUCAAACUAAAUAGAAAGAGGCUAUUAGUAGUAUUAGAUACUGGCCAACUAUACAUAUAUGAUUUAAGCUGUGUUCGAUUGUUAAAAAUAUUGCAGCUACUGUUCAAUGAACACGAUGGCGACCAGAAAUUUAUCGGUGAUCUUAGUGCCGAUGACAGUAGUUGGCUAAUAAUUCCAGUUCAAUCUACCAACAAUCAAACUGAUUUGCUCAAUGCCGAAACAGGCAGCCAACCGUCUACACCAAAGUUAACACCAAGUGACUCGGUAAUCAACACAGGAUCGUAUUCACAGUACCUUGAAUUUACAAGAAAUAGUUCACUAAGCAAUUUAAAGAAGAAAAAUAAGCUUAUAACAUUGGAGGAUAUCAAAAACGAUAGUGAAGGAUGGGUAGUUGUUUAUGAUACAAUUAAUUUAGCACCGGUGGUAAUAUUUGAAGCCCACCAUUCUACAAUUGCUAGAAUAUGCAUUUCGCACAGGGAUAAUAAAGUAGCAACUGCGUCAAUUAAAGGCACCAUUAUCCGGAUUUUUGAUUUGAAAGAAUUUGAAGGUAAGGUCAAGGUACAUAAGGUUAAGAAUUUGCGUAGGGGACAUAAUUUAGUGAAAGUGAACUCCCUAAGCUUCCACAACGACAAUCAUAUUUUGGGAUGUGGGUCAGAAUCCAAUACCAUCCAUUUGUUCAAGAUCCACGAAGAAGAGUCAGACAUUUGUACAAAUGAGAAUAGCGAGGACAGAACCAAUCACAACAGUGACUAUGAAGAUAGCGAUGGAGACACAAGCAAAUCUUCAGAGGAUCUCAAUGAGAAUUUGGCAAAUUUGUUGAUAUCAAAGCCUUUGGACCCCGUUCCAAUGGAAACAGAAGACAAACUUUCUAGUUCGUGGUUUGUCAAGACGAAAAAACUUAUCAACAAUCAAUACACUAGUUCCAUUAUAAAAAAGUUACCAUACAAAGACUAUUUUGAGAAUUUAAUUUGGGAACCCCCACAAAGGUCAUUUGCUUACAUCAAAUUGCCUGAAUAUGCUCCACACAAUGAAAAAGACCCCAGAUCCAAUAAAGUUGAAAUUGGGUUCAACAAUGACUUGGUUUUCAUUGCUUCAUAUCACACUGGCAACUUUUAUCAAUAUCAAAUUCCAAAGCAGAGAGGACCCGUGUCAUCAAUAAAUGAAGACGAUAAAAGAGAAGAGUGUCUGUUGAUAAGCCAGUUUAAUUUGAUCUGA